CGCUGCUGGAGCCGCCCGGCCGCCUGCGCGCUCCGCACCCGCGGCCCCUCGCCCGCCAGCCCCGGGCUCGCCGGCAGCGGGCGCGGCCUCAAGAUGGACGAAGACGGCGGCGGCGGCGGCGAGGGCGGCAGCGUGCCUGAAGACCUCUCAUUAGAAGAGAGAGAAGAACUUUUAGACAUUCGUCGAAGAAAAAAGGAACUUAUUGAUGACAUCGAGAGGCUGAAAUAUGAGAUCGCAGAAGUGAUGACGGAGAUUGACAAUCUGACGUCCGUGGAGGAGAGCAAGACGACUCAGAGGAACAAGCAGAUAGCCAUGGGAAGGAAAAAGUUCAACAUGGACCCCAAAAAGGGAAUUCAGUUUCUGAUAGAAAACGACCUGCUGCAGAGCUCCCCGGAGGACGUGGCCCAGUUCCUGUACAAAGGAGAAGGCCUGAAUAAGACCGUGAUCGGGGACUACCUCGGUGAGAGGGAUGAAUUUAAUAUUAAAGUUCUUCAAGCUUUUGUGGAACUCCACGAGUUUGCCGAUCUCAACCUUGUACAGGCCUUACGGCAGUUUCUGUGGAGCUUCAGACUCCCGGGCGAGGCCCAGAAAAUCGACCGCAUGAUGGAGGCGUUCGCAUCUCGCUACUGCCUGUGCAACCCGGGCGUCUUCCAGUCCACAGACACGUGCUACGUCCUGUCCUUUGCCAUCAUCAUGCUCAACACCAGCCUCCACAACCACAACGUGCGCGACAAGCCCACGGCCGAGCGGUUCAUCACCAUGAACCGGGGCAUCAAUGAGGGCGGGGACCUCCCCGAGGAGCUGCUGCGGAACUUGUACGAGAGCAUCAAGAACGAGCCGUUCAAGAUCCCGGAGGACGAUGGCAACGACCUGACACACACGUUCUUCAACCCUGACCGGGAGGGCUGGCUCCUGAAGCUGGGGGGGCGUGUGAAGACCUGGAAGCGGCGCUGGUUCAUCCUCACUGACAACUGCCUCUACUACUUUGAAUACACAACGGAUAAGGAGCCCAGGGGCAUCAUCCCGCUGGAGAACCUGAGCAUCCGGGAGGUGGAAGACCCGCGGAAACCCAACUGUUUUGAGCUUUACAACCCAAGCCACAAAGGGCAGGUCAUCAAAGCCUGUAAGACGGAGGCGGAUGGCCGGGUGGUGGAGGGUAACCAUGUGGUGUACCGCAUCUCCGCGCCCAGCCCCGAGGAGAAGGAGGAGUGGAUGAAGUCCAUCAGAGCGAGUAUCAGUCGGGACCCGUUCUAUGACAUGUUGGCUACCAGGAAAAGGAGGAUUGCCAAUAAGAAAUAGCUUUCCUGGCCCAAACAGGUAAAAGUAAAAACCAAAACCCCACAGCAGAGAGUGACUGGGGGCCUCCCCAUGACCCCCUGGACCCCCGACGGCCUUCCUGGGAGCCACGGCGUCCUCGCGUUUCAUGUCCCUUCCCUGCAGCACCCGCCGGCCCGCGCUGGGGACAGCCGAGUGUCCUGCACGUUGGUCCAGCAGCCGGCGGGGGCUCGGCCGUGGAGAGCUGCGCAGCAGCGUGGGGCCCAGGGGUCCCUUCUCCGCGGUGUGCGCCGUCCUGGAAGCCGCUGGCUUACAUCCUAACAGAGAAGGAAAAGCUACCACUUUUUUACUGAGUUUUCUCAGAUACAUAGGGUUAUAGCUUUUAUAUGCCUUUUUAUAUUCUGAGAUUAUAAUCAAAGAUACUUUCUAACAGUAGCAUUUUUAGAACGGCAGCUAUAAAUGUAACUCCUGGACACAAGCACACGCCACGCAUGAGAACAAGGACGCGUCUGCGCGCACACAGCCCCCAGAGGGUGGCCUGGGGCCCUGUGCCCCCUCCCGGGUGCCAGGGGGCGACUGUGUCCUUGAGGACGAGCUCCAGGCGUCCAGUCAGCUGGGACUGUUCAACUCAGACUUUGUGGCCCCACAGAUACUUUGUAACGAAGUAAAUCAUCAUAAAUCACGGCUUGGGGUGUUCACGAUGUAACUGCCGAGUCCCAGCACAGGUAGUCUGCACGUUGAACCACGUGUCACUGCUCCUGUUUUAGUCUGUGGCCCCCGCAGACAGCAGUGCCCUGUGGUUCAACUGAACAUGCGGCUCAGGCCAGCUUUGACCACUGUCUUCGCUAUUUAAAACCCGUUGGCAGAUGAAUGCUUAUAAUGACCAGGUCUCUUAACGUAAUGAAUAGACACAUAAGUAACUAGAGAAAACCUUAGUCCGUGUUUUCAGAGAUGUAAUCUCCUGUGAUGAGGCGGCCCGAGCAGGCUUGGGGACGAGGGUGGGUAGCACUUAGGCUUUUCUGUGAAUAGUUCAAAACCCCAAGUACACGCUGGUGGUGGGGCGGGUGCAGAUCGACGCCCGGGAGGUUGUCAGGUUGCCGCUGACUGAACGGCAGGUGCCCCGUUGGUUUGCUGAGGGCAGGCUGGGUCUUGGCCCCAGCACAUCUCAGAGCCAGCCAAGGGUGCUUGAGUGGCUGGGGGAGCCGCUGCGUGGUCUUCAGGAGGAGCCGGGGACAGAUGGCUUUUUAUCGGGAGCUUUGUAACCACAUGUGAAGACCUCUUGUGGGUCCCUUCCCCGCAGGCCCCCGUCCCUGCCCCAUCUGCGCAGGCACACCCGGUUUGCGUACUUCAGAGGCCAUCGCCUCCCCUGUGCAAAAUGAAAGUCCAAGAAGGAAACCCUCAGGCUGUACGCUCUUAGGAGGAGACCCCAGGAGCAGGAGUAACUGUUCCUGGGCGCUGCCUUGAUGCUGCGACUGAAUGGCUGUGGCCCUUGUCCCUGGUGCAGCUUUAAGUCAUGCCAGACCACCGAGGGUCUGAGCCCAGGACUCCAACAUGCAUCAGACUGAUUUGUUUUGGUUCAUUCCCAAGCUUUUAGGCUUCACUACUCUACUGAUACCUCAAAUUCAAAACUUUAGUUUUGAGAAAGGCAAGUCUGCAUUCUUGAAAUGCCUGACUGGUAUAUAUGCAACUCCGGCCUCCAGUCUUCCACGAAAGGAGACGCUGCCUGGACCACGACCACACACUGCUGCCCCGACCCCUCGGGCUGGCUGCGCCCCCCCAAGCACCUGUGGCGCCAGCUAGGCGAGUAUCUCACACGGGAACCCUCUCUCCUUUGUCUGACCCAGGUAGGACCCUGGGGACACAGGGCGUUCUGCUUUCGGGGUUUGCCUCAGAGUGGGGUUGGGAGACAGGAGCAUAAGGAAACACCUGUAAGAAGUGCGUUUCUCCGACCACCUGUGAAGGAGCUUCACCUGACGGCUGUUUCCCCAGGAACAAUGCAGAAGGCCGUGGUGCUUAGAAUCCAUGUAACUUGCCAUCCGAGUGUUACGAGAAACCAUGGAAUUGCAGGUUUCACUGUGACAGUAUUAACCCGACAGGCCUGAGACGUCACCUCCACGACGUCCUGCAGCUGGCCGGGUCCAGAAAACCCAUGGGGUCAGGGCUGUGCGGGCCUGGUGGUGUGAACCCCCACACAGUGGUGGUCAGCCUCCUCCCCACCCCGUCUGUGCUCAAUGCUUCAGUUCCUAGUGCCGACUCUGGCCACAGGGGAGCGUCACUCCAGAGACAAGGGCAGGAGGUGGGGGACGGGGGUCGCCGGGUGGGAGGCGGCAGCUUCCAGUCUUGCCAGCCACCGUCCCCACUUGAGGUUUAAUUGGAUGACCCUGGACAAGCAACAGCGUCUUCGUGAUCACGGGACAUUUUUGAGCAGUUGAAUGUGGUACCAAACCAAGUCAAAAUAGGAGCAAUUUAUAGAUGAAGCAGCAUUUAAUGCUUCAUAUAAAGCAAUGCAUAUUUUUCAAGUUAAAAUGCGUAUAUCUACAUAGAUGUGCUUUGCCGAGAAGUUAGGUCUGUUGUAGACCAGAAACCACACAUGGUGAUUUCUUGUUUUCUUAUUAUUUUCUUAGAAAACAUUUCUAUUUACAGUAAAUAUAGUUAAUAUGUAAAUAAUGUACAUACAUAUAGAUUUCUGGAGUGUGUGUUACUCACUGUAUAUACUCCCACAGCUUGCAUGAAGAAAUAUCCUGUAUCGAUAUUUUGUUGUAAAGUGAAUAGUUAGUAAAAUUGGAGGGCUGUCAAAUUGCAAAUACUGUGUUCAUUAAAUAAAAACGCAUUAUUACAA